AUGGCCAGCCGCAUUGUAUUCUCAAACCACCCUUCUCUGCUUUCUUCCCGCCGCCGCCCCCACACCUCUUCCCGCCCCCUUCUUGUCACCUCCGCCGCAACAUCCAACCAAAAACUCUCCACCGCCGUCGCCACAACAAGCAACAUCUCUCUUAAACCCGCCAGCCAAGUCCCCCAAAACCCUUCUCCCUCCUCGCCCCCAACAUGGCGCGCCAUCCAGGGCUCUGACAACUGGCAAAAUCUCGUCCAUCCUCUCCACCCUCUCCUCACCAGCGAAAUCCUCCGCUACGCAGAACUCGUCAAUUCCUGCUACAAAGCCUUCGACCUCGACCCUUCCUCCAAACGCUACCUAAACUGCAAGCACGGCAAAUCCACCAUGCUCCGCGAUGUAGGCAUGCCCUCAGCCGGCUACGAAUUAACCAAAUAUAUCUACGCCACUCCCGACAGCAACAUCCCCACUCAAUUCGGCGAACGCUGCAGCCGUUGGAUCGGCUACGUUGCAGUCUCCACAGAUGAAGCUUCCUCCCGUCUCGGCCGCCGCGACAUCCUCGUUUCCUUCCGCGGAACAGUCACAAACACGGAAUGGAUCACGAACUUAAUGAGCUCCCUAACCCCGGCCCGGCUCGACCCCAAUAAUCCCAGACCCGAUGUCAAGGUCGAGUCCGGUUUUCUCAGCCUCUACACAUCAGAGGAUACCACAUCUCGCUUCAACAGCGGGAGUUGCCGCCAGCAGCUUCUCUCUGAGAUCUCCAGGAUUUUAUCAAAGUACAAAAAUGAAGAGGAAGUUGGCAUUACAUUGGCUGGCCACAGCAUGGGAAGCUCCCUCGCGCUACUCCUCGGAUAUGAUAUUGCUGAGCUGGGCCUGAACUUGGCCGGGUCGGGUACAGAGGUGCCCAUCACGGUUUACUCGUACGGCGGCCCGCGGGUUGGAAACUCGGCCUUCAAGGCCCGGUGUGAGGAGCUUGGAGUGAAGGUGCUGCGGGUGGCGAACGUGAACGAUCCCGUGACAAAAAUGCCGGGGGUUUUCUUCAACGAAGGACUGGAGCUGCCAUGGAUAAGCAGCAGCUCGUGUUACGCACACGUGGGAGUCGAGGUAUCCUUGGAUUUCUUUAAGAUGAGGAACCCUGCAUGCGUGCAUGAUCUCGACGCUUACAUCGCAUGGCUCAAAAGUGGUUGCAAGAGAAAAGUGAGGAAGGAAGGAGAUGAUGUUUUUAGUAAGGUUAGAGAUUAUUUGGCUUCCCAGAAAAGUGAUUAUUCUUGGUGGUCGGCGCUGUGGCAAAAUGGAGGAAGGCAUGGAGGCGAAUUGGUGCAGUCGCCUAGAGUUUAGGCUUAGGGAUACAUAUAUUUGGUAGAAUUAAAAGAUUUAGUUAAUGAUUUAUUAAUUAAUACUAAUUAAUGACCCGAUAAUCCUUGUAUUUUAAAAUUUUUUUUGGAUUGACGGUUGU